AUGCACAACCAAUGCUAUGGACGGGCAGCCUCAAAAGGUCAUUUUGAAACAGUACAAUGGUUAGAUCAAAAUCGUACAGAAGGAUGCACACAUCGAGCGAUGGAUUAUGCAAAGACUCUCGAAAUUGUGCAAUACCUUCACAAACAAGGGAAACCAGCUACAGCUCUGGCAAUGGACAAUGCAUGUUUGACGGGUAAUUUGGAUACUUUGAACUUCCUUUACCACAAUCGCACUGAAGGUUUUACUAGAGCUGCUGGUGUAAAUGCAUGUAAAAGUGGUAACCCUGAACUUAUCAAGUUUCUACUCUCCAUUACUCCAACUGAAACAUUACCAUGGUCAUCGAUUGCAGUUGACCUUGUCAUUGAGAAAAAUUGUAGUUUGGAUAUUAUAAUGUCAAUCAACCAAUCAUGUUCUUUGAGAGGUUUCGAAUAUGCAAUUGAGCAUAAUCGAUUAGAUAUUAUUCAAUAUCUCUUGCAACAAUUCCCAACAUUUUGGAAACAAAGUACAUUGCAAAAAGUAUUCAAUCAUGCAGCCACUAUGGGUAAUUUAGAUAUUGUAAAAUUCCUACAUGAAAAUCUUGCCAUAGAGUGGAUUAGUACCAAAGCAAUGGAUAGGGCAGCCUCAAAUGGUAACCUAGAAGUAGUCAAAUUUCUACAUUUAAAACGUAAUGAAGGAUGCACAACAAAAGCUAUGGAUAAGGCAGCCGCAAAUGGUAAACUUGAAGUAGUCAAAUUUCUACAUUUAAAUCGUAAUGAAGGGUGCACAACAAAAGCUAUGGACAGGGCAGCCUCAAAAGGUCAUCUUGAAAUGGUUAAAUUUCUACAUACAAAUCGUACAGAGGGAUGCACAACAGAUGCCAUCGAUUCGGCAGCACACAACUCCCAUCUUGAAACUGUUGAGUUUCUACACAAACAUCGAACUGAAGGAUGCACUGUUUCUGCCAUACUGAAAUUUAUAAAUUCAAGAGUGUGCUAUGAUUCUGUCAAAUACAUUCUCGCCAACAAAUUAAUUCCUCGAGAAAUGAUUGAAUCUGAAAUAUCAAACACUCAAAUAGAUUCAAAUGAUGAAGAAUCUGAUUACUUUGAAAUGGUUGAUCUCAUCAAUCAAUACUAUGGAAUCGUAUUAUUGGAUUGA